UUACGGAUCGAGUAACUUAACUUCUCAUUCUUGAAUGCAAGGUAUCGGUACGUUGUUUACAAAAGCUCUUUUGUUAAAAAUGUUCAUUGUUUUGAAUAGAUAGCGAACGAGAAUAAUAGGGAUGAUACCUUUGUGGCGCGCGACAUGUUUGAACUUGAUUGAAGUGUGGUUGUUGAUGUUGUAGUCAAGUUCUUGCACGAUUUACGAUCCCUAGAGUUGAAAGUAAGCAUUGUUUUUUCUUCAGUUUUAUUGAAGUCGUUACGGGAAUUGGGUGACGAGUCCUGAGUUCGCGGAGAUCUUUUAAACAAAUUCUGGUUUAUAAACGAGUUAGCAGUUAAUAGUGAGCUAAGUCAGCAGCUUAUCAGCAGAAUUAAAGCCAUAAAGAAAAUAUUUUGAUUUAAAAAAUAUAAAAGAUAAACACCUAAUUUAAUACGAAGACCCAAGUUAUUUGUAUCUAUCGGAUAAGAAAGGACACAACCUGAAAAUGUUUCGGUUCGUCUGUACGUCACUGCUAUUCAUAAUGGUUGUACAUGCACAUGCACAACCAUUAUCAUGUGGAGGAGACGAACACUGUGCGGAGGGAUAUUACUGUGAGACUGAAAUAAAUAUCUGUCGGGAAUGUUUCCGAUGCGAAGAUUUUAAUCGACAGCCUCCGAAACUUUUGAGUGAAUGCAUCAAGUCAUUGGAUAGAUGUGGCCUUUGUAACAAAGGCUACAUAUUCAGAAACGGAGCUAAAGGAAAAUGCGUCUUACCAGAGUACCUAGAGUUCGGAAAUGGUUCGCACUAUAGAUAUCUGUGUCUGAUCGCUGUGGCAGUCGGCCUGGCCUUCGUAGCCACCUCUAUGUACAUUAUAAAGCAGAUCGCGGGGUUUCGCGUCGUCGCCGUCGCUUAUUAUGAUGAUGUCGGGAAACUUACACUGCACUGCACUCCGAUACUGUCAAGGAGUCAUUGGGAAAUACUUGCUGCAACAGCAUAUGAUCAAAACAACAACACUAACGAGUAGUGGGAACGUGAACCAGUAAAUUAAAAAGUACUUUCAUACUUUUAAUUUUCUACAAUAUAUUGUAUUUUUUUCUAUGAAUAGUGCCAAAGUUCCGUUUUUUAUUACUGUCAUUUUUAUCUAGUGUUUAAGCCCAUGUUAUGGUACAAAUCUCACAAAAAUGUGAUUUCAUCUUUAAAGUUAAUUAGUUAUUAUUUGUUUAAGUACAGUUUCGUAUGGUUUCUAUGUAUAAUGUUAAUUUUUUUUCAAUAAAGUUGCAUCCUAAUGAGAGUUGUGUGUUAAUUACCUAGAUAUAAAAACAAUUAGGUCUAAAUUUUUAAAUGAAAGAUUUGAAUAGCUUCCCGUAAUCAAUAAACGAAGUGUUAAAUUUAAUCAAUAUGGGAAUAAAAACGACCAUGACUUCAAAUUGAAACACAAUUUAUUAAGACAAACUUAAAACUAGGACUUUAAAAGUGUGCCUUACCCAGGUCAGAUGUUGUGGAAAAUAGUCGAAUCUUAUAGAUUAGUUGUGCCUUGUGCGGCUUCUGUAAUUGUUGCGCACAUUUUUAAAAUUGUUGCGCUUAUAGUUUUUUAAUUAUUUAACAAAAACAUUUCCUGCUGGGGUAACUUUACCCCAGCUAGACCUUUCUCUUUCUAAUGGGAAUAUUUAAAUAACUACAAGCUAUAAAAUUAGUUGUCUAGAUGAAGUAAAUGUUGUGCCU